GGCGUGUCUCUAGUGGGCAUAGCAGGUUCUGGUUACACAUGAGAGGCUGAAGGGGCUUAAUAUUGCACAGACCCGGCACAGGACUUCACUCUUCCCUCCUACAGUGGCACAGUAGCUGACCACCCUUUUUCAGUCCUAAGGGAGCGUUUCCUAGAAGAGCAUCACCAUGCCUAAAGUCUCAGUGCCAGAGACCGAUGAUAAGAUGAGGGCCUUCGCGGAACAGGUCUUUGCGUCGGAGACCAAAAGUGAAGAUGUCCGCGAUGAGCUCUCUAUAUUUGAUGUGGAUGAGGACUGUCCCAUCAUGCACAUGGAGAUGGCCCACCAUCUGCACUCUGAGGAUGAUGCUGAGAAACGCAAGAGGCACCAGCACUGCCACACCAUGUCCCUGCCAGCAGCCUCUGGCAAGGCAGGUGGAGCCACUGUAGUGUCAGUGGAAGUGGAGACACCCACCUACCUGGAAGUACCUGACUUCCAGAGAGUGGCCAUCAUCGGGGACUACGCCUCUGGGGUGACCAUGGAUGACUUUGAGCUGUCCUGUAAGGGUCUGUACCGUGCCUUGACCAUCAGGGAGAAGUACAUGAGGAUUGCCUACCAGCGUUUCCCACGAACAACAUCCGAGUACCUGUGUGAAAUCGAGGGAGAGUCUUUCAAACCUGAAGAUCAGGUGCAGCCAGUCUUCACUACUCCUCCAAAGAACGGAGAAGACCCCUUUGAUGCUAACACCCUGCCAAAGAAUCUGGGAUACGUUGCUCGUAUGAAGGAUGGUGUCAUCUACGUGUACAACGAUGCUGCUGCUGCCGAUAAACAUGAGCACAAAGACCUGCCCUGCCCCGACUACAACACCUUCAUUGACGACAUGAACUUCCUCAUUGCUCUCAUUGCACAGGGCCCAACUAAGACUUACACUCACCGUCGUCUCAAGUUCCUCAUGUCAAAGUUCAACGUGCACGAGAUGCUGAAUGAGAUGGAGGAGAUGAAGGAGUUGAAGUCAAACCCCCACAGGGACUUCUACAAUUGCAGGAAGGUGGACACCCACAUCCACGCUGCCGCCUGCAUGAACCAGAAGCACCUGCUGCGCUUCAUCAAGAGGUCGUACCGCGUGGACGCUGACCGCAUCGUGCACAAGCUAAACGGGAAAGAGGUCACCAUGAAGGAGCUCUUUGAGUCCCUCCACCUGCAUCCUUAUGACCUCACUGUGGACUCCCUGGAUGUGCACGCUGGAAGACAAACCUUCCAGCGUUUCGAUAAGUUUAAUGCCAAGUACAACCCUGUGGGAGCCAGUGAGCUGCGUGACCUGUACAUGAAGACAGAGAACCACAUUGGUGGAGAGUACUUUGCCACCAUUAUCAAGGAAGUAGCAAAUGACUUGGAGGAGGCCAAGUACCAGUAUGCUGAACCUCGUCUGUCUAUUUACGGCUGCAACCCCAGCGAGUGGGAGAAGCUCUCUAGCUGGUUUGUCAGGCACAGAGUCUUCUCCCCAAACCUCAAAUGGAUGAUUCAAAUUCCCAGGAUCUACGACAUCUUUAGAGCCAGGAACUUUGUGCCCCACUUUGGCAAGAUGUUGGAGAACAUUUUCCUUCCAGUGUUCCAGGCCACCAUCGACCCACACUCCAACCCCGAUCUCAGCAUCUUCCUCCAGCAUGUGACAGGUUUCGACAGCGUGGAUGAUGAGUCCAAGCACAGUGGUCACAUGUUCUGCACCAAGAGCCCCAAACCAGAAGAGUGGGACAUCGCCAAGAACCCCUCCUACACCUACUACAUCUACUAUAUGUAUGCCAACAUCACAGUUCUCAACCAGCUCCGUAGAGAGAGGGGGAUGAACACUUUCACGUUCAGGCCUCACUGCGGUGAAGCCGGGGCCGUCACCCAUCUGCUGGCUGCCUUCAUGACUGCUGACAACAUCUCUCACGGCCUCAACCUCAAGAAGAGUCCUGUGCUGCAGUACCUGUACUACUUGACCCAGAUCCCCAUCGCCAUGUCCCCACUCAGCAACAACAGCCUGUUCCUGGAAUACGCCAAGAACCCGCUGCUGGAGUUCCACAAGAAAGGCCUGGUGGUUUCUCUGUCCACAGACGACCCCAUGCAGUUCCAUUACACCAAGGAACCCCUGAUGGAAGAGUACGCCAUUGCAGCCCAGGUCUUCAAGCUCAGUACCUGCGACAUGUGUGAGAUCUCAAGGAACAGCGUCAUCCAGAGCGCCAUGUCUGAUGGGGAGAAGAAACAGUUCCUUGGUAAAGACUACCUGAAGGAGGGUCCCGAGGGCAACGACAUCCGUAAAACCAACGUGGCCCAGAUCCGUAUGGCCUAUCGUUAUGAGACCCUGUGCUACGAGCUCAACCGCAUCAAAGAAGGCUUGAAGUCUGAGUAAACACACUCAAACUAAUCUCUCUAAUGUGAUGUAGAAACGUUUCUACAUUUGUUUUUCAAAGUAACUCUUAAGCAACUGAAUCUUAAAGAAACUUGAGCCUCUAAAACACUGAUGUUAUCUCCUUUGGAGGAGGACACUUUUUGUUUUCACGUUAUCUGUACACCUUCUUCAAUUGAUUUGUACACCACAGUAUAAGUAUUCCAUAUGGAGAAACAUCAUGUAUGAGAAUGAAAGGAAAUACAAUAUAAAAUGAAAACAGUCUUGAGUGGUAGCUUCCCUAUUUCAUAAAUGAAUCAGGACUACAUUGCAAUAAUAUUUACUUGAUAGCAGGAUUUAGUCUUGUGUUGAUUCUGUGAUUUGGCUUUUGCUGAACUAAAACUGAACUAAAACUUUAAGAGUUUAGCUGCAUAAACAUUUAAUUGUAUCAGCAGAAUGAAAGGGGAAAAUAUACAUGAGUAAUGAACGUAUUGGUCUGAGUUGUCUCAUGCAUCACUUUUUGUAAUAGUGAAAGAUCUUUCAUGGUGUAUGCCAUUCCCAUGAAGUCACACCCCUCAUUUCUUUGAACAUCGAAACUGGAACAACUGGAACAACUGGAACAACAAUGGUCAACAUUAGCUAUAUCUCAGCUAGAUUUUGUUCCCAAUAAAUACUGAUUGAUAAA